AUGCAUUCUCCCUCACCUCAGCUUCUCCGCGCCCUACGCACGUCUCUCUCCGCCUUAAGCCCUCUCCGCCUCCGAGCUAACGCAUCUCGAUUUCCUCGCGCAACCCCGUCAUCAAAUGGCCCGCUCUGCGCCUCUGUCACCACCCCGUUUUCCAUCCCAUCCACCUACCGCAACAAUAGUUCAGUUAGCCGCCCCUCCCGACUAGUCUCACGAUCCCACACGCACAAGCCCACAUCUCCCGACCGCGGCCCAGAGUCUCAAGAAGAUACUCAGACAGAUUUCGACACGCUCGACGUACUAGCAGAUGCCGCAGCCCCUGCAGCGGCGAUCGACGCCACGCUAGACACCGGCUUCGAUCUGAGCAAUGGGGUCCGAAUGAGGAACGGCGACGCGCUGCUCCUGGUCGGUGGCGAGCCGUUUGCGUGGCGGCCGUGGAAAGCCAUCAAAGGCGCGGCGAAUGACCAGGCGGCCAAAGCGGCUAUGGUCAACGCCAAGGGCCAGUUUGAGCUGCCUGAGGAAGUCUGGGGCUUACUGAGUGUCGUGUGGCCUCGUCCCGAUAUGCUUAUUCUUGGUCUCGGUGAUACUACGAUGCCUUUGUCACCUGAGACUAAGCGUCAUAUUAAUGCCCUGGGCAUUCGAGUGGAGAUUCAGGAUACCCGGAAUGCUGCUGGGCAGUUUAACUUGUUGGCUACGGAGCGAGGUGUCGAGGAGGUCGCCGCGGCAAUGAUCCCAACCGGGUGGAAGCCACGGACUAAAUAA